AUCGCAUGUAUAUGAUAUAAUCAGAUGCAAUGUCAUAUUAUCUGCGUAUCUGUGUUGCGCACAAUUACGCAUUGUGAUUAAUGAAAGAUCUAAUUAUGUCAAAUUUUCCCGCCAAUGGAUUGAAUGAGGAAUCAAGGAACUUUUAUCAUCUAUGAGAAAGUCACUAGCUAUAGUAACUUUUUUUUAGAGGUUAAGUCCAUCGACGUUAUAACUAUGGCGUAAAUUCGAACUGUAUAAACGCAGUAUACGACAAAUUAGAAACAGCAAGACUUGUAAACAAACGAGUGGAAAAUAGUAAAUGAAAAAUAAUUAGAAAAGUUAAAAUAUUUUAAACAUUUAUAGAUUUGUUUUCACUUGCAAAGUGCAUAUCUAACAUUUUUCAAUAUAUAGUUGUUGAAAUAACAAUUUAGAUGUUUUUGUUUCAUAUAGAACAUAACCUAUAAAUGUUACUGGUACAACGUCUUUUGAAAAAUAUGGACAAUAAUCAAAUUAUACAACGAUACAAAUCUACACUUUCUGAAAGAUCGUUUGAUUGAUUACUAAUUAACCUACAAGUUAUUUGUGUUAAAGACAUUUAUAUGUAUUGAGUGCCUUGUAAAAGAAAAAGAAACAAAUAAAAAUGGAUCAAAUGUUACCGAGUCCUGGGUUUAGCAUACCCAGUAUAGGAACUCCUUUACAUCAACCAGAAGAGGAUCAACAAAUUUUACCCAAUGCAUUGCAACAGCAGCAACAACAACAACAGCAACAAUAUCAAUUACAGCAACUACACGCUAUGAGUCCAAAUAUGCAAAGUGGAAUGCUUAUGAUCGGAACAGCACAAAAGACUAUGCAUGCUUAUGCAACAGCACCUACUUUUGCAACACCGCAAAGUCUCAUGCAGCCACAAACUCCUCAAAAUAUGAUGUCUCCAUUAGUUCAAAAUAAUAAUCACAUAGCACCUUCAUCGAUAGGACCAUCUACUCCUGGUCCUAUGACACCUAUGACACCAGCUUCUGCAGAUCCAGGAAUUUUACCACAGCUUCAAAAUAUUGUCUCUACAGUCAAUUUAAAUUGCAAGUUAGAUUUAAAAAAAAUAGCCCUUCAUGCAAGGAAUGCAGAAUACAAUCCAAAACGGUUUGCAGCAGUAAUUAUGAGGAUACGUGAGCCAAGAACUACUGCUCUAAUAUUUAGUAGUGGUAAAAUGGUUUGUACUGGAGCAAAGAGCGAAGAGGACUCUCGAUUGGCUGCACGAAAGUAUGCCAGAAUUAUUCAAAAACUUGGCUUCCCUGCAAAGUUCCUGGACUUCAAAAUACAAAACAUGGUAGGCAGCUGUGAUGUAAAAUUUCCAAUUAGACUGGAGGGUUUGGUGCUUACUCAUGGACAAUUCUCUUCAUAUGAGCCAGAACUUUUUCCUGGAUUAAUAUAUCGUAUGGUUAAACCUAGAAUCGUCUUACUUAUAUUUGUUUCUGGAAAAGUAGUAUUAACAGGAGCAAAAGUUCGACAGGAGAUUUAUGAAGCAUUUGAUAAUAUCUACCCAAUUUUAAAGAGCUUUAAAAAACAGUGAUUUCAUUUUUCAUUACUAGAACAAUUUCAUUGUCUAAAACUAAGAUAAUGACUUUGUUAUUUAACAAUCAUUAUCCGCUCAAAUUGAGGGAAUCUCCCUUAGAGCCAGAGAAGCAUAAUGGACGACAUGGGUCGAGAAAUAUAGAGGUAUCUCGAUGAACCAACAAUACCUCUUGUAUAAAUACCACUUUCAGUUGAACAAGAUGUUAAUGAUUUACGUUGUACACAUUGUACGUACUUGUCUAAACUCGAAUAGAGAUCAUUUAAUGAAGCAGUACUGUAUUAAAUUGUUUAAAAUACGUUUUUCAAAAUUAGCUCAUGUAUGCUUUUUGUGGGAUGAACUGGAAAGAUAUUUUUUAAACAGACCAUAUCAAAAGAGUGUAUUUUAUCUAUUAAGAUGUAGUCAUCGAUCUAGAGGAUAUCCUUAAUUUAUAUAUUUGUAUAAUUUAUACAAUACUAGCUUAGAAGGAAUUCUGUUUUAUUUGUCGCGUUGGGGCGCAAUCUAUGUCUUCUUUCCAUUAAACAAGAACUGUUUAUUCACAUAUAUACAAUCAACGAAAAUAAAAGAAAAAGAAUUAAUUUAGUUUUAACGUGGUAGAAUAACGUACUUAUGUAUGUCUAUCCAAAUUAGUGAUUUUCAAAGUUUUUGAACGGCACUCUUAAAAAAAACUUUUUCUACUUAAUUCAUGUAUUCGAAGUGAUACAUGGAAAAUAUACUUCAACAUUUGUUGAACUUUAAUGAUCAUUGAAUAAAAAAAAGUUUUUCAAAUCAAAGAAUAAAAUUUUGUUUUACAUGUCAUGUAAGGGUGUCGCAUUCAUAAUUUUGGAAAACACUGAUCUACUUCCUUGAAAAGUCAAAUUUUGUAAAGGCUAGAUGGCAUCUUAAAAGUUGUAAAUAAAGUAGCCGUUAUAAGGAGGAGGAUUAUAUAAAAUUUUACAAAUUUUAUAUCGUAAAAAUAUAUAUUUAAUUGCAUUAAGAAA